AUGGCGUGCGGAGCUACUUUGAAGCGUUCAAUGGAGUUUGAGGCCCUUCACAGCCCUCAAUCUCCAAAACGGCGGAGGUGCAACCCUCUGCCAGGGACCCCGGUCACCCUGUCGCCAAAGCGGUGUAACCUGCUUUCUGAUACCGGUGACAGUUCGAUGUCUCCCCAAUCAACUUGUGGAGGAGAACAUAGACUUACCCCAGGUUACUUGUUUGCCUGAAGAAUGUAAAAAAUGAGCUAACGUUAGAUGGUGGCCAUUGUAGCUAGCUAGCUAGCUAGCUAGCUAGUGCCAGUGGCUGAAAGUAGCGAAUAGUAAAAUAUGGGAUCAGACAUUGUCAUUCAGCAGGCUGUCUAGCCAGCUAACGUUAUCUAUCUAAUAAUGAACCUGAUUUACAGGUUGUAGUUAGUAGGCCUAACAUUGAAGCAAGACUAACAUGAUGAUGUUCUAGCUUGGCAUAUAGCUAGCUAAUGUUACCCACUCAACUCUGUAGUUGGCCAGAAUGAACCCAGCCCUGAUUGUAACAAACAUUAUUAUACUGUAUAACAGUGUAGCAUCAAGUUGAUGAUCACACCAGGCUAGGAAAUACAUCCAUCCAGGUACCAAGUUGAAAAUGUGUUUGUUGGGUUGAUUGGGUGCAUGGAUAUGUGACCAUGUUUCAUGCAUCGUCACACCCAAUAUAAAUGUGAGGCCUGGGCUGUUGCCUGAGGAAACACCCUUUCCAGUAUAAGCCAACCACGAUAAGCUGACUUUUUCUGUUUCUUCCCUCCACAGAGCAGAUUGUCCAUAAUCUUAGGCAAGAAUACAGCCGCUACCAGCGGAGGUGGCAGCUUGAGGGGGGCUUCAACCAGAGUGAGUCCCAGACUCCAAGUGAUGGCCCAGGACAAAGCCCUGGUUUCAUGGCACCAAGCUCCCCACCAGGUCUGUUUUUAAGCAGUUAUCCCUCACCAAGCUGAAGAUGCUGUCAGCAUCUGAUUACAAAUACACUUACUGUAAUGGUGAAUAACAGUUAACUCACUGUGCUGUCUCUUGUUUGUAGUGUGGGGAAGAAGAGCCACAGAGUAAAAUCCUUAAGAAAAGAUAACUCACGCUCACCUCUGCAUGUUUAUUCUCAAUGUUACAACAAUUGCAGAAGUAAACCAGACCUAGCUCUUUUUAACCAGAUUGUGUAUGUGCAGUUGUCAGACCAAAGCUCAUUCCUUGUCAUGUGUUGAUUUCCCCAGGAGUUUCUAUGAAGAGGGACCUGCCCUGCUUCACAUUGCGCCAGGUUGGCUCUCUGUGUGAACGAAUCCUCAAGGACCACGAGGAGACCAUCCGUGAAGAGUAUGAACAGAUCCUGAACACUAAGCUGGCGGGUAUGCUGACUCUGACUUCCUUAUUACAGAUAUGGGCCUGUAUUCAUAAAGCAACUCAGAGUAGGAGCGCCGCUGAUCUAGGAUCAGUUUAGCCUAUUAGAUCAUAAUGAAUAAUAUUAAAUGGACAGGGGGGGACCUGAUCCUAGAUCAGCACUCCUACUCUGAGACGCUUCAUGAAUACGGGCCAUCUCAUGGUAUGACAACUUAGUCUAAUCCUUUUAAUUCCAUAGAUAAUUUGAUGUUUUUGGUUCCUUCCCAGAACAAUAUGAAUCGUUUGUAAAGUUCACACAUGACCAGAUCAUGCGACAAUAUGGCGCCAGACCCUCCAGCUGUGAGUUCCAACGAUAAUCUAAACACGCACACUAACUUUUAUCCUCGGUUUCCCCCCAGUGCCUGUUUUAAUCAACAUUUUGUUUUAUUUUUCAGAUGUCUCAUGAACUCUUAAUAGUAAGCUACCUGCACUCACCUCAAGACUGCUGCUCUUCAAUCUCCAAGUUUUUCUUCACUACUUCAGUGCUAUGAUUUCCUUUUAAAACGCUCAAUAUUCUGGGUCCGAGUUGGACUGUACUUGUGUGGAUGUGCUCUUUGAGAGAUGGAUGGUAGACUUGCAUUUUCAAGUGCUGUGGAAAGCUGGGCUGACGUGACUGUUCAAUUUAACCUGCCAAAACUCACUGCUGCAGCAUUUAACCCUACAUGCCUUUUUACAUUUUUUAUUUUCACAAAACAUACUUGAAAAGGUGGUUUUAUCUUUUGAUUUUAGAAAUGAGUUAUUUGCGCUUUAUGUAAAUGGUAUUUGAUAUAUUAUACAGUAGAACUUUGGUGUACUACAGUCAAUUGCAGUUUUGCUUUUCUUUAUACAUAUUUUGUACAGAGUUGUUUUGGGUGAUUCCCUUGUUUUACAAAUUUUAGGGUUCUUAGACAUUCUACCAGAUUAUGCUGCAAUUGAGGAGAUUCCAACACACCAUGCGUGUCGGUAUACUGAGCUCUUUCUAAAAUAUGCAGGCUAUUACUCCCAAGAAUACCAAACAUGGAUGGAAGGGCUCAAUUGUUUACUGGUUAUGACCCUUCUUACAGGGAUAGACAGGAUGAGGGUUUUCUUUCCAGGCCAGCAAAAAAUGGAGGCUGAAAUGUAUGAAACUGCACAGUCACCUCUUGGUUUGGAAUAAAAACAUCUGUAUAGAUUUGAGUCUGUUAUCGAUAUUGUAGCGACCUUACCCAACACCUAGCUACCUCGUCAAAAGGUUCGGCUCUCUUGGUGUAAUGGCUACCUCCCCCCCUUAUUGGCUACAAUAUACUUGGGCCCUUGAGGUUUGUAAUGGAACUUCACUCAUUGUUGAGGCAUGCUCAAUGUUUUUCUUCUGUAGCUGGCCCUAUGUACUCUCUUUUUUUGUAUAUUCAAUUUGUUGAAUGAUUACUUAUGAUUUAUAUUAACUCUUCGAGUGUACUGUGAUAUAUUCUAUUAAAUUAAAAAUGUUUAGGAGAUGAGUUAGUCGACCCUGUAGUACAGGUGGUGUGUUCUGUAAAGCCUGUGAUUAGGUGAGGAGGGAUUAUGUAGUGUUACACAUCACACCACUGAAUACAGGGAAUGUACAUCUUAAUGGAUGGCUUUGAGUCUAAAGAAAACUGAUUUUCAUCAUUCAAACGUGAACUAAUGUAUGUCUACGCAUAAGCUGUACACAUACAAUGGCACGCCUACCAUUAGGACACGCCAUUUGAUUUUUUUUCUUCAAUUCUCCAGUUGAGUGUGGUUGUGGUUUCAGUUGCUCAGAUGUACAAGAAGCUCUUGAUAUCACCUUUUUACCCAAAAUAUCCUGAACCGUGAAAAAAUAUUUGUCCUAAAUACUACAAUGUAUUUUAAGGUCAGUUUUGUUGAACACAAUUAUAACAUUGUUGAAUAAAUACUUGAUUUGAAG